CACACACGGCCACACACGGCCGCAGCAGCAUGGCGGCGUCGGCCUCGGGCGCGGCCCAGCUGCAGCUGCGGGAGUCCGCCCUGGUGGCCUUGGAGCUGCAGCAGCGGGAGCUGCGCGGCCGGCAGGACGCACUGCUGGCGGCACGGCUGGCGGCGGUGGAGGCGGGCGGCGGCGGCGGCGGCAGAGAGGUGGCGCUGCAGGCAGUCCGCGACGUCGCGGCGGCUGAAGACUCGGAGUACGCGUAUCUAGACGAAUGGGUUGAGAGUAUCCGCGAGCAGAUGCACGAGAUCACUGACGAGCUGCAGCAACUGAAGUCACCAAGUGGCGCCGGCGCCGGGCGGCAGGCGGCCGCUCCGCUGCGCGUUGCGAGCGACCCAGAGUCGGCGGCCGCGGCGGCGGCGCCGGCACCGGCGGCAUGCGGCCGGAGCGCCUGCGCUGGCGGCGGCAGCGGGGUCGGUGGCGGUGCCGCGGGGCUGUCCGCGGCCGCCCGUCUUCUGCGCGGCGCCGCCGGCUCGUUCGCGGCAGCCGCUGUAGCCGCCUGGUGGGCCCCCACCCACCAGUGCCUCGGCUGCCUCGACCGCUUCCCGGCAGACCAGGUCACAUGCGCGGGUGCAGACGCAGGCGGAGACGGGGGGCGGAGCAGCCGCGGCAGCGGCGGCCCCCCCAACAGUGCUGGCGGCUGCGGCCACUACCUCUGCCGCGACUGCCUGCCCGCCUACGUGUGCGGCGUGGUGCGGGACCGCAAGUACCCGGUGCCGUGCCCCAUGGCCGGUGGCAGUGCCGGUGCGCGUACUGGUGCUGGUGGCGGUGGCGGCGGUGGUGCUGGCGGCGGUAAUGCUGGCGGUGGCGGUACUGGUGCUGGUGGCGGUGGCGGCGGUGGUGGUGGCGAUGCUAGCGGUGGUGGCGGUGGCGGCUGCCGUGAUGUGCUGUCCCGUGAGGCGGCGCGAGGGGCGCUGCGCGACAGGCCGGAGGCGCUGGCGGCGAUGGAGCUGUUGGAGGCGGAGGCGGCCGUGGGGGAGCGCGACCGGGUGUACUGCCCGCACAAGUCGUGCUCCGCACUGUUACUCCGACCGGACGCCGACGGCGACGGCGAUGGCCCUGUGGAGUGCCCGGCCUGUCACCGCGCCUUCUGCCUCCGCUGCAACAUCCCCGGCUGGCACACGGGCCACAGCUGCGCCCAGUUCCAGGCGCUGCCGCCGCACCUGCGCUCCGCCCAGGACGCGGCGGUGCUGGCGCUGGCGGCACAGCAGCGCUGGCGGCGUUGCCCCGCCUGCGGCCACCUGGUGGCGCGGGCGGCGGGCUGCAACCACAUGACCUGCCGCUGCGGCGCCCGCUGGUGCUACGCCUGCGGCAGGAGGGAGGCGCCAGGCGCGGCGCCGUGCGGGUGCUAGGCGGCUGGCACCUGUGGGGGAGGAGGGUCGUGGCACAGACAACUGAGACUAGCGAAGGUUUGAGCAUGACGGAUUGCUGCAGGGGCUGCAGGGGGUGAGGGAGGCUGGAGGUUGUGCUGGGGGUGCGAUGGGACAGGGUUAAAUGUAGCAUGUUGGGUAGUCUCCCAACACCCUGCGAUGUCAUACCUUAGUGAGCGGAAGCAGAGAAGGAGUCUUCGGCCGCAGGGUGUUGAAGUCCCGUAGGGCGUAGGGUGCAGCUGAUUCCCAGACCCCAGCAGAUGGCAAACAGUUUGCAAUGGCAGUGCAUGAGCGCGCGGCUGGUCGAACGCCGGAGUUACUGUACCGA